GAGUUUUAAAAAAUUGAAGGUCCAAAUUCUAACACGAAUGCAUGCUCCUUGCAUGAUUCAAGAGAGAGACGGCCACGGCUCAAAAUUCCUCUUUCUAAUUUCCACCCGUUCAUGUUUAAUUCUGAUUUUAUUUUUUUUUUAAUACAUAAGGAGCUGCAUGCAGUGGCAGUAAUAAGAAACCAAGCACGAAUCAGGCUCGUUUUUCUGAGUUUCGUUGGGGGAAUCUAACAUGGAAGCUAAGGGUCACCAGCGGUUUUUCAGUGCCCUGACUGAUAUAACAGACGCGGAGUCUGGUGACCCUAAGCGUUUCAUUUCUUCCGGUGAGAUUGAAGAUGAGGAGGAUUCCGACGCCUCUUAUAUUUGUAUAGAGGUUAACCGGUCUAUCUUCAGCCCUCCAGUAAAAGCGCCUUACAUGCUAAGGUCCACCACCAGUGAGAUUGAAGAAGAGGAUGAUUCCGGUCCAUCUCACACAGGUGGUUAUGGUACUCAACAGUCCAUUUCCAGUGGCUCUGAAUACGAGGGGGAGGCCUUCACUGAUGAACAUUCGAACGUGACUGGUGAGGUUCAUCGCUCCAUCUCCAGCGGAACAGAAGAAGAAGAAGAAGAAGAAGAAGAUGCUUCUUACUCAGUUAAAUCUUAUAUCACGGCCAAUUACGAGAUAGAAGAUGCAGAGAGUGCUGAUGAAUUUUCUUCGGUGAACAAUAGCGAAUAUCAAAGCAGCGUGUUCUCGCUGGAUGUUAACCGCGCAACAGAGGACAGCGUGUACGUUGCGGUUGGGAACAGCGAGUCAAGCAUAGAUGCGCUCGCCUGGACGCUCGCCCACUAUGUCAAUCUAUCCACCAAUAUCUAUCUAAUUCAUGUCUUCCCCGAGAUACGCUACAUUCCUUCUCCAUUGGGAUUGUUGCCAAGGGACAACGUGAAACCAUCGAUGGUGCAGAAGUACAUGGCUCAGGAAAGAGAGAAAAGGAGAGCACUCCUGCAAAAGUUUUUGGAUGCCUGCCAUUAUUUCAAGACACAGAAUAAGGUGGAUGCCGUGCUUGUAGAGAGCGACGAGGUUGCGAAGACCAUCCUCAACCUCAUUCCUUUUCUCAACAUCACGAAGCUCGUCCUUGGCUCCUCCAAAACCAAGAAAUUAAAGUUCAGAAAGAACGGGAUAGCUCAUCAGAUAUUUAAAAAUGCACCACUGACAUGUGAGGUGAAGCUUAUAUGCAAAGGAAAUGCAGUGGUGAAUCCCACUUUUGCAACGCCAUCCAUCUCUCCCUCUCCGUCUCAGCGAUCCCUUACGUCUCAGCUAUCUCUGCGAUCCCUCUCCGAUGCUUUCAAAAUCUUCAACAUAAAGGAGACAUGAGAUCGGCCAACGCUAUGUUGCCCCGCAAUGCACCUGUUUCCGCCCUAUGUCCUUUGCUCGUGCAUAGAGAAACAGCCUGCGGGGAUACAGCUUAGUUGGGAGAGCGUCAGACUGAAGAUCUGAAGGUCGCGUGUUUGAUCCACGCUCACCGCAUGGUUUAUAUUUUUCCCUAAACAAAGACUGCCUUUCCAUUCCAUAUUGCAGCUUCUAUGAAAGCCGCUGGUUUAAUGGCAUCCAAAAUAAUCUCAAUCUCAGAGCAGUUAUACGGUCUCUCCUCAUUUUCCUUUUUUUCAUGUUUGUCCUCAUUUUCCUUUUUUUCAUGUUUGUUGUAAAGUAAAUUGGGAUCCUGUAAAUAAAGCACAUAAUUUGUG